GCUCAAAGCGCAAGUCGCCAGCGCCGAGUCGUCGUCGCCAAUGGAGCCGAUGGCCGUCGUCCAAGCCCUCCUCUCGCCCCGCUCCAUGUCCAACCCCGUGAGCCCGACGACGAGGCCGCCUGCCCGCUCGCGCCGCAACAGCGUCGAGGCCGAGCCGAAGCGGAAGUUUACGAGCUUUCCCCUGCCUGGCGCAAGCGCCGACAAGGCCGGGAUGCAGCUGCCGCCGCCCGAGGCGAAUCCACUCUUUGGCGACCGCGCGUCGCUGGUGACGCCGCCAACGCGCGACCGGACGUUCUGGAUGCCCGACAAUGUCUGCAAGGUCUGCCGCGAGUGUGGCGAGGCGUUCAACCUCUUCAAGCGCCGCCACCACUGCCGCCUUUGUGGCCUCAUCUACUGCCACGCGUGCAGUCCGCACUCGAUUGAGGGCUCGGAGCACGGGUAUCCGAACCAGAACAUCCGCAUCUGCAAGCGCUGCUUCAAGACGCUCGACCCGUCGACCGGCGUCGAGAUGAGCGGCUACGACCUCGACCCAGCCUCGCCGACGUCGCCGCUCAUGCCCAUGAGCCACACGGUCUUCGACUACGAUACGCACAACGGCACUACUUUCAACACGCUCGUGUCGGACGCCAUCAGCGACGACGUUCCGUCCUCGACCGCGGUCGUCGCGCCGACGUCGACGAUACCGAGCUUUCGCCGUCGGCCGAGCAUGGAGCUGCGCGGUGCGCUCGCGAUCCUCCAGCGUCAGGACACGCCGCUGCUGCCGAUGCCACCGAUCGGCGAAGAUGCAGCGUCGCCAUCGCUCUUGGAGCGGCACCAGGAUGUGGCGGCGAGCCAGCUCCAAGCCUUGCUGCUGCAGCGUAUGGAGGCGAUUCCGCUGCCAUCUCUCGACCGCCAGCUGCUACUUACCGACGUCAAGCAGCACAUUUCGUCGACGACCAAGCGGUUUGUCGAGAUGCCGUACUUCCGCACGCACCUCGGCUUCAACCACCAAGACCUCAUUACCGUCAAGACGAUCGCGGCGGCGAAAGCUACAGCUGCGGCCUCGUCCAAGGGCCACAAGAAGGCGGCCAAGGUCCUCGAGUCACCACGCGUGCUCGUCUUGCGCGACGGCAUCGUCUUUGGCCACGCGACCGAGCGUCUUAGCUCGCUCGACACGCUUCUCGACCAAGAAAAGACGUACAUGAAGCUCAUCGUCGAGAAGAUCACGCGCAUGCAGCCGCACAUUGUGUUUACGGGCCAGAGCGUCUCGCGGCUCGCGCAGGACCUCCUCGCCGAAAACAACAUUGCGCUUGUCCUGAACGUCAAGCCCGAGCUCCUUGCGCGCAUUGCCCGGCACACGAAAGCGACCAUCGUCCAAAGUACCGAGCACCUUGUCGCCGACGAUAUUGGCGUUCUUGGACGCGCGUGCUCGUCCUUCCAUGUCGAGACAUACCUCGUGCAAGACCAGGAAAAACCGAGCCGGAAGCGCGAGUCGUACAUUUACCUUGAAGGCUCCGAGCCCGAGGCCGGUGGCACGAUCGUGUUUCAAGGCCCGGACAAAGGCGUCUUGCGGCAGCUAAAGGCGCUCUGGGUCGACGUCGCCGCGAUGGCAUACGACCUCUCGCUCCAAGCGUUUGUCCUCAACGACCUCAUGUACCCGGUUGUCCCCGUCUCGAAAAGUACGACCUUGCACGCCGUCAAGGGCAUGGUCAAGCAGGUCGACGUACCCAACCGCCCCAAGUACGUUCCAUGUGCGUCGCCGACCGAGUUUGCACUCGACUAUUACUCGCCGCUCGACAAGGCGCUCGGCGCGUACCUCUUCCAGGACUGCAUUGCGCCCAGUACCAAGUGCCAAGUGGCCACCUGUCGCGUCCCACUCAUCGAUCACAUCCAGACGUACUCGUGCGGCAACGGGACGGUCUUGGUGGCGGUCGAGAACCUCCCGGAGAAGGAGCGGCUUCAGAUCAGCGCGGUUGUCGACGAGGCCAAGCCCGAGAUCUCGUUUUGGCGCUACUGCCGCGAGUGCGCCAAGGUCGUGACGCCGUUUGUGAUGCUGUCGUCGAUGGCGCUUCAAUUUUCGUUUGGCCGGUUCCUAGAAAUCAUCUUUAGCAUCCAAGGCCGCAUGCAGCCGGCGCACGAUGGCGUCGACUGCACCCACGACGGCCAAGCGAGCCAUUUGCUCUACUUCAACUGUGGGCGGCAUGCGAUUCGCGUCGAGUACCGAGAAGAGCGACCGUGGUUUGUGCAGCACGACAACUGCCUUCCGUUUGACCCGAUGUGGUACCUGGGCCUGCAGCAGUCGCUCGCGAAAGACCUCAUGACGCCGAUCGCCGAUUUUAUCGUGCUGAUCCUCAACGAGAUCCACGACUUGCCGACGAGCCGCGGUGCCAUGUGCCUCGAGCUCCGCGUCGAGACGGCCAAGAAGGAGCUCAUCGCGCAGCUCCGGCAACUCAUGGCCCACGGCGAGUUUUCCGCGACCGCCCACAACGACGACGAAGACUCGAUUGUCGAUGUCAACACGCUGCGCCGGUCCUUCUACCACCUCGCGUCCGAGUGGGUGGCCGCCUUGCAAAAGCUGCAGCACGUGGACGAGGUGCCAUUGCGUAUCCUCACGACCGAGCUGGCGGGAAGCUCGCCGAGCAGCGUCGUGCCAUCGCCCACGACCGCGACGCCAACGACGCUCGAGGUGGCCAAAGUCGAAGCCGAAGCCAUCGUCGAGGCCCUACUCGAGGCGCCACUGCCGCUCUCGCUGCCGCCGCCGACGACGUGGAAGUCGACGUUGGGCAGCAUCUUGCUUCGGAGCACGGCCAACAGCCCACGCCAUAGCCAUCAUCCGCUCGAGCUGCCCGAACUCGUGACCGCGGGGUCACCGAUGCUGCCGCCGGGAGCCCACGGCCGCGUCAUUGGCGUGUAUGAGGAGCUUCGGUUUUCUUUUGCGGCCUAUGCGCUCAACUCGGUCGAGUACGAGACCGAGCUCGCGGCGCUCAAACUGGUCGACCUCCACACGGCCUCGACCGAGCAGCUAUUGCGGUCCAAGACGGACACGAGUCUCAAACUCAAAUACGCGCACACGCCCGAAAUUGAGUUUACGUGCGUCGUGCACUAUGCCAUUCAGUUUGAAGCGCUCCGGAGCCUUUUUUACGGUCGCCACGCCGACUACCUUGCAUCGAUUGCGUCCUGCGCGACGUGGCAAACCAAGGGCGGCAAGUCGGGUGCAAGUUUCUUCCGCACUCAAGACAAGCGCUUCGUCAUCAAGUACAUCUCCCAGACCGAGCUGCAGUGCUUCCUGGCGUCGGCGGUUGCCUACUGCGAACACAUCGCGCGCGUCUACUACGACGGCAUCCCGAGCGUCCUCUCCAAGAUUGUCGGCGUCUACUCGGUCACCAAGGCCAAAUGGACCGAGCACAUCGUUGUGAUGGAAAACAUCUUUGGCGGCGUCGACGUCUCGCCUGUCUAUGACCUCAAGGGCACGACGCGGAACCGAUAUGCGCCGGCCAGUUCGUCCGUGCUCCUGGACGGCAACCUCCUUGUGCAGACCCAAGGCCUGCCGUGCCCACUGCACCCGCGGUCGUACGAGAAGCUCGUCGAGGCCAUCAAGCACGACGUGGCCUUCCUUAGCGACAACAACAUCAUCGACUACUCGCUCGUGAUUGGGUACGUUCCGGACGUCGACCUCUCGCAGGACGCGUCGGUUGUCGGCAACGAGAACGCGCACCUUGGCAAGACGAACCGCGUCAUGCUGGUCGGUAUCAUCGACUACCUCCGGCACUUUGACUUUAUCAAGCGCAUGGAGAGCGUCGGGAAGAGCGUCACGAUGAUCGCAGGCCAGGAUGCGCCCACGAUUGUCGAGCCCAAGAUGUACGCCAAGCGGUUCGCGGAUGCACUCUCGCUGCAGUACUUUAUGCCCGUCCCGAGUCCCUCCGGCAGUAUGCUGCUAUAGCAUGGACGAGCUAUAAAUCAAAC